UUUGAAUUUUUCUAAAGAAACAUGGAGGAUUUUAAGCAAAAAAUCGAUGAUCUGAACAAAGAGUGUCAUGAAAUAGAGCUACUCAAAACUGUGGAAGAGAAGACCAAAGUGAAGGCAAUCUACAUUGUCCUUGCUGGCUUGGUUUGCCUCAUUGGGCUUAUGCUUGCUGGUUACUUCGAUCAAUUCUUGGCAAAUAUGUGAGGUUGUGCAUAUCCUUUGUACAAAUCUAUCAAGUCUCUCGAAAGUCCAUCUGUUAAUGACGACAAGCAGUGGCUGACUUAUUGGACUGUAUACGGACUGUUCAUGAUACUCGAUGAUUAUAGUGACUUUAUUACAGACUACAUCCCUUAUUUCUUCCUCCUCAAGCUGAUGUUUUUCAUUUGGCUGUUUGCACCUACUACUAGAGGAGCUAUGCUUUUGUAUAACACCAUCAUCAAGAAAGUGUUUGUGAACUACUCCGAAAAAAUUGAUAAAGCAAUCACCAAGUUUCUAGGUGAAUCUAAGGAGCUUGCAGAUGAGAUCAAGGAUAAGGCCACUGAUAGACAAACACUCACCAGACUCUUAUCUAUUACUAACAAGAUCGCUGAUGCUGGUAAGCCAAAGGCUGAUGAUGAUACUAUUGAGGAUGAUGAUACUGAUUUGUUCAAGAAUAUCCUUGAGACAAAAGAGCCUCAGGAAAUUCCUGAUAAGAAGAAAGAUUAA